GGCACCCUCAAACCGGUCCACGCUUCUUCCCUCUCCCUCCUUUCUCGCUCCCUGCCAACUUUUGGUCCCUCCCCCGCCCCUCUCCCGUUAUUCGUCGUGGCUCCAGCCCGGCUGCGCCGCUCCGAAGGUUCCGCCGGACCUCCCAGCCUGCAACUCGGACCAUUACAGGAUCCAGAAACAUGUCGACCACACUUCUGCCCGCCUUCUACGAUAUCGACUUCUUGUGCAAGACGGAGAAAUCCCUGGCCAACCUCAAUCUGAACAACAUGCUGGACAAGAAGGCGGUGGGAACGCCCGUGGCCGCCGCCCCCAGCUCGGGCUUUACGCCGGGCUUCCUCCGACGGCACUCGGCCAGCAACCUGCACGCGCUCGCCCACCCCGCGCCUAACCCCGGCAGCUGCUCGCCCCAGCUCGAGCCGUCGGGGGGCGGCGGCACAGCCCUGCUCAACAAGGAGAACAAAUUCCGGGACCGCUCGUUCAGCGAGAACGGCGAACGCAGCCAGCACCUUCUGCACCUGCAGCAGCAGCAGAAGGGGGGCGGCGGCUCCCAGAUCAAUUCUACUCGCUACAAAACUGAGCUGUGCCGGCCCUUCGAGGAGAGUGGCACGUGCAAGUACGGCGAGAAGUGCCAGUUCGCACACGGCUUCCACGAGCUGCGCAGCCUGACCCGCCACCCCAAGUACAAGACGGAGCUGUGCCGCACCUUCCACACCAUUGGCUUCUGCCCCUAUGGGCCGCGCUGCCAUUUCAUCCACAACGCGGAUGAGCGGAGGCCCGCGCCGUCCGGGGGCACCUCUGGGGACUUGCGCACCUUCAGUGCGCGCGACGCGCUGCACCUGGGCUUCCCUCGGGAGCCGAGGCCCAAGCUGCACCACAGCCUCAGCUUCUCGGUCGACGCGCCCCCCAGCCCCCCUGACUCGCUGUCGGACCGCGACAGCUACUUGAGCGGCUCCCUGAGCUCCGGCAGCCUCAGCGGCUCCGAGUCCCCCAGCUUGGACCCCGGCCGCCGUCUGCCCAUCUUCAGCCGCCUCUCCAUCUCCGACGACUGAGGCAAGAGGGCGCCAGUGAGGAGGAAGGGAUGGCCGGUUCUGGGGUUGUAGGAGGGUGCCCCUCUCCCCCGCCAUCUCGCCUGAGCUAGGGGCCGGGGGACACGAGAGUGGGGGGUGGCAAAGGCCACAUGCAGACUGCAGGCUGGACCGAGCACUUGGACUCGAACUUGUGUGCCAGGAGGGGCCCCCACCCCUCCCCUUUCGGUUUCCUCUUCUUUUCUAUUAUUAUUAUUAUUACCAAGUUUCAUUCUUGUUGAGAAAAAAAAAAGUCAACGAACUUUUUGUAUUGAUGAACAAAAUAUUCACAACUUGGGCAGUUGUGAUGCGAAUUGAACAAAAAAACCAAACACUUAACCUUUUUUUUUUUAGGUCUCAGAGGAGUUUGGGACUUUAGGGAAAAAAAUCAAGCCAGCACCAGCAGCUACCAACCACCAUUCCAUAUCCUCACUUGAAAAGCAUUAGUUACAGUCCAGAUGUGGGAACUCUUGAAAGAAGUUCCUUACUGUGUUUGUCUCAGACCAGUGUAAACAAACCAGCCAAGCCACCACCUUGUUAAACCUGUAAGCUUUUAAAAUUUAAUAUUUUUGCCAAGAACAUGCCUUGAUAUAGUAGGCUUCAUAGGUUCAUUUGUUUGUUUGUAUUUUAACCAAGUGAUGCGUGCCUGGAAAAAAGACCUUUGCAUUCCAAAGUUUCAUACUGGGUUACUGGUUACAUUGCCACCACUUACUUAGUGGAUGUUUAAUUUAGAACCAUUUUGUCUGCUCCCUCUGGAAGCCCUGGGCAGAGCUUAGUUUGUAGUUGUUGGGGAAUAACUGCUGAAUUUUUAGCUGUUUUGAGUUGAUUCGCACCACUGCACCACAACUCAAUAUGGAAAAACUAUUUAACUUAUUUAUUAUCUUGUGAAAAGUAUACAUUGAAAAUUUUGUUCAUACUGUAUUUAUCAGGUAUGAUGGAAAGCAAUAGAUAUAUAUUCUUUUAUUAUGUUAAAUUAUGAUUGCCAUUAUUAAUCGGCAAAAUGUGGAGUGUAUGUUCUUUUCACAGUAAUAUAUGACUUUUGUAACUUCACAUGGUUAUUUUAUUGUAAAUGAGUAAAAAAAUCUUAAUUUAAGAGAUUGUAUGUAAUAUUUAUUUCAUUAAUUUCUUUACUUGUUUACGUAAAUUUUGAAAGAUUGAAUGAUUUCCUUACAGAAAUCUACAUGCUGUGGAAGUAGUUUAAGAGUUUUCUUAGAAUGUAUAAUGGUUGUAGCCCAUCCAGCUAUAAAGAAAAAGUGACCACAUACUUUGCAGACAGGUUUAAAUGUGGCAUGCUUUUCUCAUUCCAUCUUUAUAAACCAGUAAAAGAUGUUUUUGUUUGCUUAUUCCACCAGCUCUACUGUGACAUAUUCUGCGUAUACAGACAUGUAGCAAUAAUGGGGGGUAGUCUCACAGUGCCUUUGGAAGGGCCAGAACUAGCCUUAAAUCUUCCUCAACCAAAUAAGUAUUUUGUCUAUUAGUGCUUGAGAGAAUUUGAAUGUAGGAUGGGUUCAACUGCACAAAAGGAAAAGAUUUUUACCACUUUUUUUUAUAUAGAUAAAGUGAAGAGGCCACCUCUUAGGGCUAAAGUAAUAGUAUGUUAUUACAUGAAUAUGCCUUGUUUGAUUACAGAAAAUUCCAAAACUUGUACUAUUUUUCUUCCCAUGUAGAAAGGCAGGAAAAAAACAUGUAGAAAGUCUGAAAUGCUUUCCUGACAGCAGGUGAAUGAGCAGUAGCUUUAGUUUGUAUGUACGUAGGUACAGUUUUGGAGCACUAUGUAUGUGUAUGUACUCUGGACUACUUGGACAGAAGUAGGUAUUUGAAUGUAACAAGACAAGUCAACUUGAGUUGUAAUAUAUUUUGGGGAAUCAGUUCACUACAGAUUGUGACUGUAAACAUUGUACUGUAAAUGUUUUGUAGUUUUCCCCCAAUAAAAUUUUUGGGAAAAAAAGGUA